GAUCGUUGCACAAUCCGCGGAAUCAUGUGGCGGCCGGGUGGAUGGCGUAAAUUAACAAAAACCAUCGCCCAAACCACCUCACUCGCCACUGGUGGCCACAGCAUUCGGAACGCUUCAUCUUCCGGUUACGAUGUGAUUGUGGUCGGUGGAGGACACGCAGGGACGGAAGCCUGCAGUGCUGCCGCCCGGAUGGGUGCCCGCACCCUAUUGGUCACCCACAAACGGUCCACAAUCGGAGAGAUGUCGUGCAAUCCGUCGUUCGGCGGUAUCGGUAAGGGCCAUCUGGUCCGUGAGGUUGACGCACUGGACGGUGUGUGUGCCCAGUGUUGCGACCGAAGCGGAGUUCAGUACAAGGUGUUAAACCGACGGAAAGGACCGGCCGUUUGGGGUCCACGUGCCCAGAUCGAUCGCGUGUUGUAUAAGCGCGAGGUACAGGAAACACUCGAACGGACACCGAACCUCACCAUUAUUGAGGCGUCCGUGGAAGACAUCGUGCACGUGGCCGACGCCGAGGGAUCUCUGUUGACCGGAGUAAAACUGGCCAACGGUCAGAUACUGUCCACCGGCAGUCUCGUCAUCACUACGGGGACCUUUUUGCGAGGGCAAAUCAACAUUGGACUGGAGACGCGCCCGGCAGGCCGUAUCGGUGACAAGCCGGCAAUCGGCCUGGCGAAGAGUAUCGAACAGCUCGGAUUCCGUCUCGGGAGGCUAAAGACCGGUACGCCACCACGCAUACACCGGGAUUCGAUCCGUUUCGAGCAGCUGGAACGCAACUCGGGAGACGAUCCACCCGUUCCGUUCUCGUUCCUAAACGACCGAGUUUGGCUGGAGGCAGACGAGCAGCUGGACUGCUUUCUGACACAAACCACCCCACAGGUGAACGAGAUUGUGCUGCGCAACCUGCACUGCAAUCGGCACGUCACGGAAGAGCUUACCGGUCCACGGUACUGCCCUUCGAUCGAGUCGAAAGUUUUGCGCUUCGGACACAAGAUGCACCAGAUCUGGCUUGAACCGGAAGGGUUUGACAGUGAGUUGAUCUACCCGAACGGCCUAUCGUGCACGCUGCCAGAGGCCGAGCAAGUGCAGCUGGUUCGCUGUCUGGUGGGGCUCGAGCGAGCAGAACUCGUACGGCCGGGGUACGGUGUCGAGUACGAUUUCGUUGACCCACGCGAGCUGAAUCCGACGCUGGAAACGAAACGUGUCCGGGGACUGUUUCUCGCUGGACAGAUCAACGGUACGACAGGCUACGAAGAGGCAGCCGCCCAGGGAUUGUUAGCUGGGGCGAAUGCCGCGGCCAGAGCACUGUCGAAACCAUCGCUCACGGUUAGCCGAACGGAGGCGUACCUGGGCGUGUUGGUCGACGAUCUAACGACACUCGGGACCAACGAACCGUACCGUAUGUUUACGAGUCGAUCCGAAUUUCGGUUAAGUUUACGGCCCGACAAUGCUGAUCUACGGUUGACGGAGCGCGGCUACCGGGUCGGGAUUGUUUCGGAGGAACGCUACCAAAAGACGCUCUCGAUUCGCGAUCGGAUAGCGAAGGGUGCGGAAAUACUGCGCGAUGUGCGGAAGGGUAGCAAUCAGUGGCGUGCAGCGUUAGGACUUCCACUGGCAAAGGCCAGUGUCUACAAGAGUGCCUUUGAAAUGUUGGCCGUUUCAAACGACGGCAUAACGACCGAGCGGCUCUGCGCAGUAGAACCGCAUACGCUUGGGUGGAUUCGAGAUGAUCCGGAACUGUGCCGGCGGUUAAAGAUCGAAGCCUUGUACGACCUGUGGAUCCACCAACAAUCGCGCGAAAUCGAAGAAGUGCAACGUAACGAAAGUCUUCGCAUUCCCGGGACAAUAGAUUACCUUUCCAAAUCACUCAAUCUUUCGUUCGAAGAACAGGAGAAGUUGGUCCAAGUUCAACCUCAAACCAUUGCCGCCGCCAGUCGGAUUCAAGGAAUUACGCCAUCGUCCAUCGUGCGAUUGGUGCACUACGUGAAACACCACGAAAUGGGUGCGCUGGCUGCGUAGGAUGAAGUGAGUCUUGUUUAAUUCUUAUUCAGGCACCGCCUGAAGACCGUUGUAUAUGGUGUAAAUAAAUAGUUAAAUAAAUAUCGUUUCAUU